CGAAUUAUCUCAUCCAGAACAUGGGAGCGAUCUGCGGUUGCUCCGUAUCUGUGUUGCCGGAUUUUCUUACAUACAUGCCCGGACCAUUCUUAGCUAGAAUUCGGUAAUCGCAGACCACCACGUUACGUGGGGAGUGAUAACAAAAUAUAACGUGUUUCGUUCUGCAUUCAUUUAUGAACUGCUUUAGAAAGAAAUAGAAUGGCAACAGCCCAUCCAUUAGGAAUUUCUUCUCAUCAUAUUCCUGAAUGGAAUGGAGAUGAAGGUUGCCAGAAUCAAAGCAACACUCAAGAAGUAUGUCUCGAUCCUUACUUUAGCCACUGUCUCUUCCGGAUAGGAAUCUAUGGAUGGAGAAAACGUUGUUUAUAUUUCUUAAUCAUACUACUUGGUUCAUUAGUUGUUAUUAAUCUUUCUCUCACCGUAUGGAUCAUCAAAGUUUUAGAUUUUACUAUGGAUGGUAUGGGAAAUUUAAAAAUUCGAAAAGAUGGUAUAAGGGUAGAAGGUCAAUCAAUAUUCCUCAAAUCGCUCUACGCUUCACAAAUACAAUCUAGGCAGGAUCAACCAUUGUGGUUUGAAUCUUCUAGAAAUAUCACAAUCAAUACAAGAAAUUCGAAAGGAAUAGUUACAAGUAAACUAAAUUUAGGUGAUGGAAGAUUAGAUGUUUAUACUUCACAAUUUAUAGUUAAGAAGCCAAAUGGAGAUGUUCUUUUAAAAAUUAAUGAAGACGAAGUCAUCAUGGCAGCGAAUAGACUUCGAGUUUCAGGAGACGGCGGUGUUAUUUUCGAUGGUUCUAUACAAACUCCACUAGUUAAAUCGGAGCCAUCCAGACAAUUAAAGUUAGAAUCACCUACAAGAAAAUUGAGAGUUCUUGCUCCAGAAGGUGUAGGCAUUGAAUCUCGGGCAGGGGAUAUCAGCGCUACUUGCCUUAAAGACUUCAAAUUAGAAUCAAAAGAAGGCAGUAUCUGGCUUGAUUCCGAACACGUUCUUCUUCGCAAUUUACGGACUGUCUUACCAACCAGUAGAGGAGGUCAAUCCUAUCAUGGGAUCUACGCCAUGUGCUCCUGUGAAAACGGUCGCCUGUUCCUCUCAGCUCCUGAUGGACAUUGCCAAGCAGAUGAAGUAGUCUGUCAGUGACCACAAGCAUAGAUCUAGUUUCCGUAAAACAACAGCAUUAGAUAGCUACUGGACAAUUAAGACCUCCGUGUUUGCAGUCGUAGCAUCUGCAAGGAAUUAAACUAUCAAAGAUUUUUUCACAUUUGACAUAAACUUUUAUAAGAUUUUUUUUACUACACGUACGUAACUCUGAAUGGGAACAAAGCGCGCAAUAUGAUCAAAGUUGACUAACUAAAUGUUUAACUAUCGUAAUUAUUUUUUAUUAUUAGCAUUAUUCAUUAGUAGUUUUUUUAAAACAAAAAUUAAGGAACAACAGAAUCAAUCAUAAUGGUAAGUGGAAGAACGUAUAAUGUUGAUGCUGCACAAAUUAAGUAUGCAAUGAAAAGUUUUAUUUAGUAUUCUUUUUAAGCUUUAUUUUCUGUCGGGGAAAGGGGGGUAAGACUGGUUAGCUAAGAUUCGAAGGCAUGCUGGAGCAAAACUGUUCGACCUAGAAAUUGUUAGGUUUAAUGAAGAAAUUCAUUGUUUAGUUGCAUACAAUAUAUCACUCCUAAAAAGUCAUAGAUGCACAAUUUUUUUAAUGAAAGAUUUUAUUUCUAUAAAAAUCCAGUCAAGUAAGACUGGGUACACAUACUAAUUCUAUGGUAAAUUUAUAAAUACUUGAAUUUCAGCGAAAAGUAGCAGAAUUUUUAUUUUAUCUGACAAUUCAAGAAUAUUAUGCAUGUAAUUUACAUAAGUAAUGAAGUUAUCUUCUUCUUCCGCUGUACUGCAGCUUUCGUGAGCUCAGUAGAGGCACACAUCAAAUUGAAGGGGACCACAAUAAGGAGGUAUCUGGUCUUACCAUGAGAGAAGAGAUUAUCGAUACGUACCAAAACAGGGCAACUACAGGUAUAAAUCCUUUUUGUCUGUUAUGGUAUGAAUUCUUAAUAAACAAAUAGUAAACUACGAACAGUUUUUAUAGAUGUAAUGGCUAAUAAAUACGGCAAUUUUAAAACAAAAGAACAGUAAAAAGUUCAAUUUUACGCCAACAUUGUAGGUCCUUUUUGACUAGUAACGUGUACUUCAGAGUUUUUCUACUUAGAAACAGAACUAAUUUCGACGCAAUCGAGGUAACCAGUCUUACCCCACUCUUCUAUAUGUAUUUAGCGUAAAAGGCUCUUUUAUUGUUGAAAAAUUAAACCUUGCAAACUAUUUAACGGUUGAAUUAAAAGUUAAUAAUUUGAGAAGGUAAUAUUUUGAAACAAGUUUAAAAAAUACUUGAUCUUCUAUUUUAAAAAGCUGUAAAAAUAAAUAAAUAGACAAAAUAUAAAAUUACACUUCCCAGUAAAUUCCUGAUGAUUUUCUAUUUUUAUUAUAGAACAUCAGUCAUUAGAAAUUGAUACAUUAAUAGUUUUAUUAUGAACAAUUAUUACACUGAAAAGUUUUAUAAUGAGUUAUUAUUACAAAUUACCUCGUGUCGUUUUGAAACUAACAAAUCUAAUUUUCAUAAGUCCAUAAAAAAUAAUUCAGGCAUUUGAUUUAUAGUAGAUAGUUCGUUUUGGAAAAAAAAUGACUCUGAUUGUUUCAGAAAAUUUUAUAGCCAUACAUAACUUUGCUUCCGAAAUAAUUUUAGAUUGAAUGGCAUGAUUUUGAAUGACUUUCUUAAUAUAAGCACGAAAGUCAUACCUGUUUUACAUAAAAAAGAUAGUGAACUAAAAAAUUUAAUUUAAAAGCACUUAUUUAAGUCAUAAUUUUGUGAUAUUUUUUUCUUCAAAUUUCGAACUUUUUUGU